CCAUAGUACUGGAAAUGAUUAAGUAAAAAAAAAAAGAAAAAUGAUUUAUUUAUUUUAAAAAAAUGAGAAAGAGUUGAAUUCUCCACCAACUUUGUUCUCGUUGAGCAAGUGAACUGUCUCUCCUCAUUCUCUCAACGGAUUUUCCAAAGCCUCUCUAUCUCUAACCAACGAAUAAAUAAAACCACAACCCAAAGCAAGCCGAGUAGGCAAUCACUGCCAGACGACGAAGGAAAAAUUCUCUGAAGCGCAAGAGUGACUGAAAAUGCAGGCAUCUACGUGUGCGGUUAAAGGGACCGCCACCAGCAUAUGCGUCGGUUCUCAGCCUCUUAACCGGAGGAGAUUGCUCGCUGCGUGUGGCCUUUCCGGUGGUUAUAGGAAGAGUAGUUCAUUAUCGGUAUCAGUGUCGUCUUUUAAUAAUAACAGUUACAUGACUGGCAGGAUCAGUUUCUGUGGACUGCGUCCAGCCGAUUCGGUCUCCAUGGGAACCGAACUCGUGCGUACUGCCUUUUCUAGGUCCCGUCUGGUUAAGGCUCUGUCCUCCGAUGGAGAUAUCGAAGAAGCUGCUCCUAUCCAUCCUCAGACAAAAUCUUCUGGAAUUGUCUUGCCGUUCGUCGGUGUUGCUUGUUUGGGUGCAAUUUUAUUUGGAUAUCAUCUUGCGGUGGUGAAUGGUGCUCUUGAGUAUCUUGCCAAGGAUCUCGGAAUCGCUGAAAACACUGUUCUACAAGGAUGGAUCGUUAGCACGCUGCUUGCUGGUGCCACAGUUGGCUCUUUUACAGGGGGAGCAUUGGCGGACAAGUUUGGCAGGACAAGAACUUUUCAACUAGAUGCAAUUCCUCUCAUAAUUGGAGCAUUUCUCUGUACUACUGCACAGAGUGUACAGACUAUGAUAAUUGGUCGUCUUCUUGCUGGUAUUGGAAUUGGCAUAUCUUCAGCCAUUGUGCCUCUUUACAUAUCAGAGAUUUCACCAACUGAAAUUCGUGGUGCUCUGGGGUCUGUAAACCAACUUUUCAUUUGUGUUGGGAUUCUGUUGGCAUUAGUGGCUGGACUACCAUUAGCAGGAAACCCUUUAUGGUGGAGAACAAUGUUUGGCAUUGCUGCUCUCCCUGCUAUUCUAUUGGUUCUGGGAAUGGCAUUUUCUCCAGAAAGUCCUAGAUGGCUUUUUCAGCGAGGAAAAAUUUCUGAAGCGGAAAAGUCCAUAAGGACACUCUAUGGAAAAGAAAGAGUUGCUGAGAUUAUGCUAGAUUUAGCAGUUGGAGGUCAAGGUUCUGCAGAGACAGAAGCAGGAUGGUUUGAUCUAUUUAGCAGCCGCUAUUGGAAAGUUGUGAGUGUUGGUGUAGCACUUUUCUUUUUCCAGCAAAUGGCUGGGAUAAAUGCUGUGGUUUAUUAUUCUACUGCUGUGUUCCGCAGUGUUGGAAUUGCAUCUGAUGUUGCAGCAAGUGCCCUUGUUGGGGCAUCAAAUGUCUUUGGCACAACUGUGGCUUCAUCUUUAAUGGACAGACAAGGAAGAAAAAGUCUUCUAAUUACAAGCUUUCUGGGAAUGGCUGCUUCCAUGUUGCUGCUUUCCUUGACCUUCACUUGGAAGGUCCUGGCACCAUAUUCUGGCACCCUUGCUGUUCUUGGGACUGUUUGCUAUGUGUUGUCCUUUUCACUUGGUGCUGGUCCUGUGCCUGCUCUUCUUCUUCCAGAGAUAUUUGCCUCCAGAAUCAGAGCAAAAGCAGUUGCUUUAUCCUUGGGCAUGCAUUGGAUAUCAAAUUUUUUCAUUGGUCUCUAUUUCUUGAGCGUUGUAAACAAGUUUGGGAUCAGCACCGUGUAUUUGGGAUUUGCAGCCAUUUGUCUUCUUGCUGUCUUGUACAUAGCAGGUAAUGUUGUGGAAACAAAGGGAAGAUCCUUGGAGGAAAUAGAGCAUGCUCUUAACCCUGCAAUUUGAUUUGGAAAUUUGUCGAAAGUGUCUGUGGUAAUAAUUUCGUUGCGGCUCAUGCUUGACCUAAGAUGGGUGGUGCCUUUUUUCCUUUUUUGAAAGGUUUCUUUGUUCUACCGAGAGUAAUGGCAUUAAGGGCAUGUUUCUUGUCCUCCAUUUUUCUGUCCACCUUACAAAUGUUAAAUCAGCUGUAACCAGCUUUGAGAGAACUACCUUUGCUAUGUAUUUUUGGAAUUAGAACUGGGGCAACACUAAUUUGGGUAGCUGGUGCUGAAUGAUAAAUUUCCCGAAGAUUUUGCUA